GCCGGCAGGGGGAGGCGGGGGGCGCGGGGCAGCCCCGCCUUUCCCCCGAGGAGCCGCCGGGCGGCCAUAUUGCGGAGCUGUCUGCGGCGGUGGCGGCGCCUCUCGUCUCCGGCGGCCCAGCGUCCCCCCACAGCCUCUCCCCGCCGGCCGCGGCCGCACGCCCGUCGCCGCCGCGCAGCGCCCCCCGGCCGCGCUCGGGGCGGGAAGCAGCCGCCUGUUCGCAGGGGAGAAGAUACAGUUCAACAUUGGUCUCAAGGACAACUAAAUUUCAGUAAAGGCCACCAACUUGCUGGUGACAUCAGAAUUCAUAAAAGUCAAUUUUUAAAGGUGACAAAAAGAGAAGGAAAAUGCCGAAACCAAUCAAUGUAAGAGUAACCACCAUGGAUGCUGAGCUGGAAUUUGCCAUUCAGCCCAAUACGACUGGCAAACAACUUUUUGACCAGGUGGUGAAAACAGUUGGUUUGCGUGAGGUGUGGUUUUUUGGACUGCAGUAUGUGGACAGCAAAGGUUAUUCUACAUGGCUUAAACUAAAUAAAAAGGUGACACAGCAAGAUGUUAAAAAAGAGAAUCCUUUACAGUUCAAAUUUAGAGCUAAAUUCUUUCCUGAAGAUGUUUCUGAGGAAUUAAUUCAAGAAAUAACCCAGAGACUUUUCUUCUUGCAAGUUAAGGAAGCUAUCUUAAAUGAUGAGAUCUAUUGUCCGCCAGAAACUGCAGUUCUUUUGGCUUCCUAUGCUGUCCAAGCCAAAUACGGAGAUUAUAAUAAAGAGAUUCAUAAACCAGGCUACCUGGCUAAUGAUAGACUCCUACCCCAGCGUGUUUUGGAACAACACAAACUGACAAAAGAACAGUGGGAAGAAAGAAUACAGAACUGGCAUGAAGAGCACAGAGGAAUGCUGAGGGAAGAUUCUAUGAUGGAAUACCUGAAGAUUGCCCAAGAUCUAGAAAUGUAUGGAGUCAACUAUUUUGAAAUAAAAAAUAAAAAGGGAACUGAAUUGUGGCUAGGCGUUGAUGCUUUGGGUCUGAAUAUUUAUGAGCAUGAUGACAAGUUAACACCUAAAAUUGGUUUUCCCUGGAGUGAAAUCAGAAAUAUUUCAUUUAAUGACAAAAAAUUUGUUAUAAAGCCAAUCGACAAAAAGGCACCUGAUUUUGUUUUUUAUGCACCUCGUUUGAGAAUCAAUAAGCGGAUUUUGGCUUUAUGUAUGGGAAACCAUGAACUCUACAUGCGAAGAAGGAAGCCUGAUACUAUUGAAGUGCAGCAGAUGAAGGCUCAGGCGAGGGAGGAGAAACAUCAGAAGCAGUUGGAAAGGGCACAACUAGAGAAUGAAAAGAAGAAAAGGGAGAUAGCAGAAAAGGAGAAAGAAAGGAUAGAACGGGAAAAGGAGGAGCUGAUGGAGCGGCUGCGGCAAAUUGAAGAACAGACGGUGAAAGCCCAGAAAGAACUAGAAGAACAGACUCGGAAAGCUCUAGAACUGGACCAGGAACGAAAACGAGCAAAGGAAGAAGCAGAAAGGCUUGAAAAGGAACGUCGAGCUGCUGAAGAAGCUAAGUCCGCUAUCGCAAAACAAGCUGCCGAUCAGAUGAAGAAUCAGGAACAACUGGCAGCAGAACUUGCUGAAUUCACUGCCAAGAUUGCACUUCUAGAAGAAGCCAAGAAGAAAAAGGAAGAGGAAGCUACUGAGUGGCAACACAAGGCUUUUGCAGCCCAGGAAGACUUGGAAAAGACCAAAGAAGAACUCAAAACUGUGAUGUCUGCACCUCCUCCACCUCCACCACCACCAGUCGUUCCUCCAACAGAAAAUGAACAUGAUGAGCAUGAUGAGAAUAAUGCUGAGGCCAGUGCUGAAUUGUCAAAUGACGGGGUGAUGAACCAUCGAAGUGAAGAGGAACGUGUAACAGAAACUCAAAAAAAUGAGCGCGUUAAGAAGCAACUCCAGGCACUAAGUUCAGAAUUAGCCCAAGCUAGAGAUGAAACCAAGAAAACACAAAAUGAUGUUCUUCAUGCUGAGAAUGUUAAAGCCGGCCGUGAUAAGUACAAGACUCUUCGGCAGAUUCGACAAGGCAACACCAAGCAGCGGAUUGAUGAGUUUGAAGCCAUGUGAGAGCUGUUAUUUUGCAUACAUGUUCUUCAUAAGCUGAACCACCAACAGAGAAAAGCAGGCCUUUGCAGAUGUGAUGGAACGCAUCCCACCUUGCCAAAGCACUUACACCAGUUGACUGUGGUGGCUAAAGACGUACUUGAGGGAAGCUCUUCAACAUUAAGGCAGUGUGAUGUCAUGCUUGAUUUUCUUUUCAUUUUGGGCCAGGGAGUGAAGGACAGCGUUCCAUCGCCUCCUGUCACAUUUUCAGUUUCCAUUGUUUUUUUUUCUGUUGGAGAUUAACACUAAUGAUCAUGUCUGACAAAUGUGUAUGCGUGAUUUUAGUACUUUGUACAGUUCAAAGGAUGAUGGUGACUUAAUGAGUGUUCAGGUAGAGUGCUCUGUUUCUUUUGCCCCUUCCAAAUUUUGCUUGUAUUUCCACAUUCUGUCUUGCUCCUGUCUCAUUCGGCGUGCCCUUCUCCUAACUUGCCAUGCCAAUAGCCAUAAUUCUGCCAUCAUACAGAUCAUUGGCAGUGGUUAAAAUGAGGGUAGGUGACAGGGUAGAUCAUGUGAUAACUGUGUAGAAGAUGGCUAUGAAUCAUGAAAAGGAUUUAGAAUAUUUAACAGUGAAGCAUGCAGCUGGUGGUUAAUAUUUUUAAAUCCCAAUUUAACUAUUGGGUAUUUGGUAUUUGCUUACUUAAUUACAGUCCUCCUUGAUAGCUGAAUUGAUUGGUGUUCAUCUCCUGUCAUCCUUUGAUUUUCUUUGCCUCCCGUUCACAAAGGUGUAGACAGCAGGUAAUAGUUCCCUAGGAGAAUUUAUGGAAGAAAUACUACCUGCAAAUAGUAAUUGUCUCUGAAAGGUUAAAAAGUCUGUUUUUCAUAGACUGAUUUAGACAGAUGUUUAAUUUAAAAAAAUUUGUUUGUUGAUAAUUUAUUAUAAUCAUGAAAAAACAAAAAGCAAAACAAAAAUCCCAAACCCUGAACCUUUCUGGAAGGGCACCAUAUAAAAACAUCAGUCCCAAAGAAGGGCAGUAAUACAUACUACCUCACUACUACACCUGUGAUGACUGGUUGUUCCAACCCAGUGGAGUGUGUAAAGCUCUGCAUUUUAUAAUACAUACCAAUACUUUCAAUCAUGCAAGGAGUAUUUCUGAGAUUUCCUUUUCCUGCAGAAUAUCUUAGAGUGCUUAAUUUUUUACUGCCUUUUUGUUGAGAUGAAUUGUGGGACUCUGAUUUACAUUAAAAUUGUAAGCUCUUGCUGGUAUACUAUCUUCCUGGAGGGGUGUUGUAUGUCAGAGGAAAUUGUGUGUGUGUGUGUGUGUGAGAGAGAGAGAGAGAGAGAGAGUGUGAGUGAGUGAGAGGGAGAGAGAGAUUUGCCCUUGUAGCAUAUGAAUGUCUGUACCUUCAUUUCUUGAUAUAACUUGCAUAAUCAUUUUAGCAGAUUCGGUUUCUAAAUCAUUGUGCUUAUUUUUCUCAUUCUCUAAAAAUAGUUAAAUUUGGUUUGUUAAUCCUAUUUUAGAAAUUACAAUUUUAGGUUAUGUUGAGUUCAAUUAUGUCUUAAGAAAUCUUUCCAGUUUGAAAGAUGUUCUGAUAUUCACAUGUUCUAAUAUUUUGUUUAUUGUAAAACAUCUAGACUUGGACAUAAAGAAAGCCUUGUUUUCUCUGUGUGGUUCAGCUACUUUUCAUUUGGUAUUAUGCACUCAAAUUUACAUUUAUCUAUUAAAAUUGCCAUUUUGUUAAGCAUUUUUCAUGCACAGUAGAUUGAAGUUGUGUCCGAAAAUA